UGCCCAUCGUCCCGCCGACGACCGUCGAGGGACACGCCGAGAAGGAGCUCUCGGUGCGUAGACUCGACGAUGUGCACCUGCACCUGUGGUGGGCGGGACGACCAGCCAACAUCCGGCCCUUGCAUUCGCAGCGGAUGAUGAAGCGCGACAUCGUUCCGUCGGAGAACAUCGGUCUGCACCUGGUGUGGUUCGAUACGACGUACUACGUCAAGCCGCUGCCGGAGUGGCUGCUCAACUGGGACUACUACGACGAGGUGCUGUGUGCAGACGAGCAGCUGUUCCGCGCCGCCAACGGCCUCCUCAGCACCUACACGAAGCUGGUGCAGCACCCGAGCGAUUUCCGGAUCGCGCGUGAGCUGGGACUAUUUCCCGAUAGCUUGGAGCGAUGGGAGGACUGGAGCCGAAUCGCGGCGUCCGUCCAGAGAGGCAACGGCAUCGCGGACGGCAACGUGAGCGAGCGCUACCGCUACGGUGAGCUCCGUCUCCGACGCCUAAAUCACAUCUACCGCAUCUUCCGACGAGAAAACUACCACUCGGUGUACGCCCAGUACGACCAGUUCUUCUCCAAGAACUUUGCCUGGCUCCUGCUGCUGGUGGUAUAUCUCUCUGUCAUACUCUCGGCCAUGCAGGUCGUCCUCAGCACCGCAAUAGAGAACGUCCCGUUCGAGAAUGUUUCCUAUUGGGUCUCGAUUGCGGCGCUGGUGUUCAUCGGCGUCGUCAUAGGACUACAAGUGUUCCUGUUCGUGGGGCUGUUCCUGUACCAUCUGGUGUGUACGAUUCUCAACCUGGAGAGGGAAAGGGUGCCGUGGGCGGGUCAUACGAAGGGGGGGUCAUAGAUUGGAGCUUUUAUUUUGUUUGGAGGAGUGGCCGUUCCGGUAUCCGGUUUCUGCGACGAUGUAUGCGCGCAGCAUGUUUGUUUUCUUGUUUGUGUAUACCAUUUGCGUUUCAGAUUAGUUCAUAGUCGUUUCAGGCAGUGACGUUUGGGUACGGAAACAUGUAUACUAUGAAGGAGGGUAUAUGACGGGGCAGGGCGGGGCAGGGCGGG